AUGGACGACCCUCUUCCAAAAGACCUCCGCCUCCUAACCCUCAACUGCUGGGGCCUAAAAUACAUCUCCAAGCUCCGCCCCCAACGCCUCGCAGAAAUCGGCCGCCGCAUCGCCGCCCUCCCGGACCCGCCCCACGUCGUCGCCCUCCAAGAGUGCUGGGUCACCGCCGACUACGACGCCAUCCGCGCCGAGACCGCCGCCGUCCUGCCCCACGCCAAGUUCUACUACUCGGGCCCCUUUGGCGGCGGCCUCGCCAUCCUCUCCCGCUGGCCCCUCGAAGAGAGCUCCAUGCUCCGCUACCCACUCAACGGCAGACCGACCGCCUUCUGGAGAGGCGACUGGUACGUCGGCAAGGGCAUCGCCUGCGCCCGCAUCCCCAUCCGCCUCGCCGCCGCCGCCGCCGCCGCCGCAGACGGCGAUGACGACAACAACUCGGCAGGAGGCGGUCCCGGGAGAGACCACGUCCUGAGCAUCUUCAACACCCACACUCACGCCCCCUACACCGAAAACCAACCAGGCGACACCUACCUAGCCCACCGCCUCUCCCAAUCCUGGGAAAUGUCCAAACUCCUCCGCGCCGCCACCCAACGCGGCGACCUCGCCCUCGCCAUGGGCGACUUCAACAUGCGGCCCUGCUCCCUCCCGCACCGCAUAAUCACAGCCCACGCCCCCGUCUCCGACACCUGGCGCGUCCUCCACCCGGACUCGUCCCUCGGCGCAGCAGACGACCCCCUCGAAAAGGCGCGCGGCAGGCCCGUCCCCUCGGCCGACUUCAACCUGCGCGAAAACGGCGCCACGUCAGACCACGUCUACAACACCUGGCGCUGGUCUAAGGAGCAACAGAACAAGUUGGGCGAGGGCAAAGACCCCGUCGUCAUUCCGCCAGAGACCCUCGACAGAAAGGGGAAACGCCUGGAUUACAUCUUCUUCGGCAGCAGUAGCAGCGGAGACGACGGCACCUGGGUCGUCCGCAGCGCCAAAGUCGGCAUGGUCGAGCCGCAUCCCACACUAGGCUGCUCUCUAAGCGACCACUUUGCCGUCGAGGCAACGCUGGCAUACCAGACCCCCCACGACCACAAACACCAAGGCCUUGACGCCACGGGAAACGACAACGAGACCUCCUACCUUCAGGACGCCUCAGCCAGCUCUCAUCGCGACUCCUUCGCGUCCGAGAAUCCCCCCCUUUCCGAAAGGCCGGGCAAAGGUCUUCCACUCCAAGUCUACGACGAGAUACUCUCCGUGACACGUCAGUACAUCCACCGGGAGGAGAGCCAACGGCGCUGGCGGGGGAUACACUUCUUUGCAUGGUUUGCCGUCUUGAUAGCGUGCCUUGUAGCCGUGUGGUUCAGCCCGCACAACUUUGUCGCCUUCAUCCUCAUGCUUCUGAGCAGUCUUGGGCUGGUGGCCGGUGUUGUUGACGGUCUCAUGUCACUUCUCUUCUUCAACUCUGAACUCCGAGCCCUGAAGGAGUUUGAAUGGGAAAUCACAAACGCCAAAAGGCAUUCACGCGGUGCCGUCUCGGGAGAGAGAGAACAGAGGGAAAAGUCUUUCUAA